AUGCCGUCUCAAGCUGGAUCGUCGAAGGAAGCUCUGCCCCGGGCUCCUCAACGAGGGCGAGGCAAGAAGAAGGGCAACCAGCUGCAAAUACCAUGGCUGUAUGAUCUAGUUCUAUGGGCACUCUCUAUCCUGAUAGACCUCUUCUUUCGCGAAGUCCAUCCCAGGGGAGCCUGGAAGGUCCCAAAAACAGGCCCUGUCAUUCUCGUGGCAGCACCACAUGCCAACCAGUUCGUUGAUUCACUGAUUCUGAUGCGGAUCCUCAAGCGCGAGGCCAAGAGAAGGAUUUCAUAUCUGGUUGCUGAGAAGUCGACGAAACGCAAGUUCAUUGGUACUCUGUCCACAGCGAUAGGGGCGAUUCCCGUGGGCCGAGCCCUGGACAAAGUGAAAUCGGCGAAGGGCAAAAUAUUCCUUCCAGAUCAAGAUAACGACCCUACCCUCAUUCAAGGUGUUGGGACCGACUUCACAAAGGGCGAUUUCGAGGUAGGGGGUUUGAUUGUCCUACCCAAAGUCAGGGGCCAAACUCCCAGCACCGAAAUCGCAGAGAUCAUCUCCCCUACCGAACUUCGGCUCAAGAAACCCUUUAAGACGCCAGAAGCGUUGGAGUCUUUGACCAGUACUGGCACCGUAGGUGGGGAGACAAACGAACAGCAGAUUGAGUCUCGUGGCUGCUCAUUCAAAGUUGCUCCAUAUGUGGACCAAACCAAAGUCUACAACGCGGUCUUUGACGAGCUCGACGCCGGUGGCUGUAUUGGCAUCUUCCCGGAAGGUGGUAGUCAUGACCGACCCGAUCUCCUCCCUCUGAAAGCAGGCGUUGCCAUCAUGGCUUUAGGAGCAGAAGCCCGACAUCCCGGCUGCGGCGUCAAGAUCAUUCCAAUUGGCAUGAAUUAUUUCCAUGCUCACAAGUUCCGAUCGAGGGCCGUCAUUGAGUUUGGUCAUCCCAUUGAAUGUCAUCCUGAGCAAGUUGAAGCGUACAAAGCGGGCGACCGGAGAAACGCGGUUGGCUCACUUCUGGAGACAGUCUUUCAGGGGUUGGUUGCCGUCACACAAUCAAGUCCUGACUACGACACCUUGAUGUUGGUGCAAGCGGCUCGCCGACUAUACAAUCCCCUGGGGAAGAAACUGCCUCUGCCGCUGGUGGUGGAGUUAAACAGACGUCUAGUCAAAGGCUAUACUACGUACAAGGAUCACCCACGCGUUGUCGAACUCAAAAAAGACGUACUCCAGUACAAUCGCCAACUUCGCGCACUUGGUGUUCGGGACCAUCAAGUGGAAUGGGGUAACCCUGCCAAACAUCCGUGGUGGCACAUCCUUGGGACGCUGAUCUACCGACUGGGGGAGCUCUUUUUCCUGGGCAUCGGAACUCUUCCCGGGCUGGCCAUGUUUUGGCCUGUCUUUGUUACCACCAAAGUCAUAUCUUAUCGAAAAUCCAAGGAAGCUCUUGCGGCGUCCACGGUGAAACUGCAGGGUCGGGAUGUCAUUACCACUUGGAAAUUGCUCGUGGCUAUGGCGUUCGCUCCGGCGCUCUACGCUUACUAUACCAUCAUUGUGUCCCUGUGGCUGGUCUACAACCGGCGAGAUGGAUACUACACUUACAAAGUCCCAUCGUGGAUGGUGGCCCGGACCUAUGUGCCUGAUUUUGUCCCGGUCUGGCUUUUUGCCAUUCUCUUUUUGAUUUUGUGUAUCCUCCUCACAUUUGCUGCUCUCAGGAUUGGGGAGAUAGGGAUGGAUGUGGUGAAGUCGUUGCCGCCACUGUUUGUUGCGCUGAAUCCACGCUCCUCAAGCCGAUUUGCGAAGCUGCGACAGCGCCGCCAGGCCUUGUCCGAAAAGGUGACGAGAGUGAUUAAUGAAUUGGGACCCGAGGUCUUCCCCGACUUCGACGCUGCUCGAAUUGUGCCGGAUGCGUAUAGAGAAGGAGCCUACCAAUCCAAAUACAAAAAGAUGCCGGACGAACCCAGAAUGGACUCAACCGAGCCAACGACACCGACUUCUGGUGCUUUCGAAGAGCGAACCGCCGAGUCGCCCGGGUCGAGAUCAUUGUUACCAUUCGGGUUUCUGCCCUCGAACGAAGCCUUUCAUAAUAUUGGGGGAUUUGGUUUCUUUGCGUCACGACCCACGACACCCAAGAGUCGCAGCAGGAGUAGUUCUGCUGGCGGAGCACUUGCCUCAGCCACCAACCUGAAGUUCACCACGCUCGACCAUGAUGAAGUUAGCAAGCGAAUUCGUGGGGCAAUGCGUGAACGAGGCCGGAAGCGCGAAAGCGAGGGAGCGGAAACGGGUACGGAAAGCAGCUGGGACAUGGCUGAUGACGAACGCAUGACUCCAACGACCGAGGAUGAGGAAACGAAGAAGGACCGAUGA